CGGGUAUUUUGGAGAGAUCAGCCGCGAAAGGGCCAAUGAGAUACUUCUAAACCAGCCUGCGGGCACCUACUUGAUUCGCGAUAGCACAACCCGACCUGGUUUUGCCUUAUCCCUGAAAAACAUAAAUAGGGUCCAGCGCUAUUUUAUAGCUUAUUCAGAAGAAACAAAGGCCUUCACCUUCGCUGACCAAGCUUUUGAGUCGAUAGAUGCUUUAAUAAACUUUCAUUCGACCUCGCCCGUUUUGACUUGUAAGCUGCUGCAACCAGCACCGAAAGGAUAUUAUUGUGUUCUUUAUGACUACAAGGGCAAGGAAUCUCUUGAUUUGUGUGUGUCCUGUGGUGACAAGGUGGCCUUUUUAAUCCAGAAGAAGCAAUGGAUAUUUUGUUCUACCCCUGAUGGUAGGAAGGGGUGGGUGCCAGAAGCAUAUUUACAACCGUUCAACGAGGAGCUAUAUAACCGGUUACAGAGUGAAAAGAACGAAGGAGUCGUUCCAUUCUGUUCUCGCAUAUUCCCCGUUCCGACGGAUGCAGUCGCCAUCAAAUCCCGGAAUCCCAGCCUCUUCGCCACUGACCAGUUAAAGAUUGAGAAAGGCGUUGAGGUUAUCGUUCAGAAAAUUUUGAGAAAUGGAUUCUGCGAAGUUACCCGAAAGGAUACCAAGGCCCAGGGCUUCUUACCUAUCAGCUACUUGAAACUUGCGGUCUCGUGA